AUGGAUCUGUUCGACACGGGCGAACCCGGUUCGGAGUAUUAUCCCCACAUCGCUUCCAAUCAGGAUCGGUGGCUAAAUGUCACCAACAACGGAUCCAGCGAGGCCAUCCCGCUCUACACCGGCUAUCCGCGGGUUUUGCUCAACAUCGCGACAGUGACGUGCAUCACGUACAUGGUGGUUGGCGUUCCCGGGAAUCUGCUCACGAUAGUGGCCUUGGUGAAGAGCAAAAAAACACGCAACGCAACGGCCGUUUUCAUCAUGAAUUUAUCGUUCUCCGAUUUGCUGUUCUGCUGCUUCAACCUGCCGCUGGCCGCGAGCACCUUCUGGCACCAGGCUUGGCUGUAUGGUGAUUUGUUCUGCCGGCUGUUGCCCAUGAUGCGAUACGGGCUGUUGGCGGUUUCGCUGUUUACCAUACUGGCCAUCACGAUCAAUCGGUACAUUAUGAUCGGUCAUCAGCGGUUGUAUCAAAGAAUUUACCGUACCAAGCAUCUGUGUCUGAUGGUGGCGUUCACGUGGAUCCUGGGCUUUGGCUCGCUCCUGCCGACAUGGCACGAAAAGUGGGGGAAAUUUGGUCUAGACGUCGCCAUCCACUCCUGCUCCAUACUGCCCGAUAGUCAACGUCAUUCCCCAAAGCAAUUCCUAUUUCUGAUAGCUUUCGCUCUGCCCUGUCUGGCGAUCAUUGUUUGCUACGCCCGAAUAUUCUACAUCGUGAGGUCCACAGCCUUGCGGACGAUGGAUCAACCGAAUGAAAAUUUGGACGACAGCCUCGAGGACGUGUCCAGUGCCAUCAUCAAUCAACACGGAUCUGCUAGAGAGUGUGUCUCACCGGUUGUUCCUGGCAAGGACGAUCGUAGUGGGUACUCCUUUCCUUCACCAACUCCUCCACCGUUGUCGUACAUCAACUUCAGCCAACACACGGAGUGGCGUUUCAUCGAUUCCAGCACGGAGAAUGAGAUAUUCUUCGAUAGCUCACCCAGAGGAAACGCUUGCCUGGGAGAUGUUACUUCAGCUAACAACAGUGUGGACCUUGGCGAUUGUAAUGCAUCACGGAUACCACCUUCUCGAGCUGGCGCUUCCAAUCUGGAGGAUGGCGGUGUUAAACCGCGGAGUCACAGGUACGCAACUGCGUCGGGACCGGGCGUGAGGCGAAAUGCGAGCAAUGUUAACUCGAGAAAGCGCAAGAAGCACCUCAACACGUCCGGAGCGUCGAUAAUGAGUGCAGGCAAGAUGUCCGCCAAGGACCGGAAGCUGCUGCAAAUGAUACUGGUUAUUUUCCUGGCGUUUCUAGUGUGCUAUCUGCCCAUCACCGUGGUAAAGCUGUUCCGUCCCAGCAUGCAGGUGUUGAAUGUGGUCUCGUAUCUGUUGAUCUAUCUGACCACUUGCAUCAAUCCCAUCAUCUACGUGGUGAUGUCUCGAGAGUACCGCCAGGCGUACUCUGACCUGGUGUUGUGCCGCACGUACGAAUUGGCAAAGACCAAGUGUAAACAGCACAAAGCGGCUAAUGUGCUUCGGUUUGCCUCAAAGUGCUAG